GGUUGCGUUGUUGAUCACCCGGAGCGGCUCUUUCUCUGCCUGAGUCUUCUGGGGAGCCGAGCCGGGAUGGCGCUGCGCUCUCUGCCGCUCCUGGUGUUGGUGGGGGUCGCCCUGCGGGAGAGCUGCCUCGGCGCCUCCUCACACUCCCUGAAGUAUUUCUCCUCCUCCAUGUCGGACCCCAGUCAGGAGCUGCCCCACUUUGUCUCUCUGGGGCUUGUGGACGGUCAGGUCUUUGUUCACUACGACAGCAACAGCCGGAGGGUGCAGCCUCGAGUCUCCUGGAUAAAGAAGGUGGGGAAGGAGGACCCCCAAUACUGGGACAGGUACACCCAGAGAGAACGUAGCAAUGAGGAGGCGUUCAGAGAAGGCCUGGAGAUUCUGAGGCUUCGCUACAAUCAGAGCGAAGGCCUUCACACAUGGCAGUGGAUGUAUGGCUGUGAGCUCCAGGCUGAUGGGAGCAAAGGAGGAUUUGAGCAGUAUGGCUACGAUGGGAGUACCUUCAUCACCUUCGACAAGGAGAGACUCACCUGGGUGGCUCCCGUCCCCCAGGCCCAGAUCACCCAGAGGAAAUGGGAUGCUAUUCAAGGAUAUAAUCAGAGAAAGAAAUACUUCCUGGAGAAGGAAUGCAUUGAGUGGCUGAAGAGGUACCUGUCCUACGGGAAGGAGACACUGCUGAGGACAGAGCCACCAGUGGUGACCAUGAGCAGCAAGACGGAGGUGGAGGAUGGGAUGGAGACGCACGUCUGUCGCGUGGAUGGCUUCUACCCCAGGGAGAUCGAUGCCUCCUGGAUGAGGGACGGGGAUGUCUGGCUGCAGGACACCCUCUGUGGCUCCGUGGCCCCCAACGCGGAUGGGACCUUCCACGCCUGGCUCAGCAUCCGGAUCGAUCCCCAAGAGAGGGGCCACUAUCGGUGCCACAUGGAGCAUGACGGCCUGGAGGAGCCUCUGGACGUGGCCCUUGAGGCACGAUGGACACUCCCAGCCUAAGGAGGGAGGAAAGAAUUGAGGAUCAACCUUCUUCUGAAUUAGACAGGAGGAUCCCUUCAGGGCCUUCCAGCAUUCUGGAACCAGGAUAUAUUUGGGGUCUUUCAUCAUGGCUUUUAUCACAGAAUCAGUAACCUUUAUUAUGAUUGAGGAAUGGAA